AUGUUCACAGCUAGUCUUCUUGGUGGACGAUUAUCGGACAAGGCUGGAAAAUAUUAUGGAGAUAACGAAUGUCCUGAAGGACGUCUUGUACCAAGUCUAGCCUUGUCUAUACUGAGUCCAACUGGAUUAAUUAUUUAUGGAUGGGCAUUCCACUACAAGCUUCAUGUGUCUGUACCAAUCAUUGGUCAAGUUUUGCUUAGCUUUGGUCAAUCUAUUCUCGAGCCAGCUGUCUCCGCUUAUUUGACAAUUAAAAAACAGGAAGCAGCAUCAGCAGUAUCUGCUGCUAAUACUUUUCUCAACUUAUGUGCAGCAGGUGCUCUUGUAACUGUUGGCGUUCCUCUUCAUAAUGUAAUGGGUACGGGACCUUACUUUUCGCUCAUGUGUGGCAUCAACAUUGUCACGAUUACGGCAGCUAGUAUACUAGUUUACAAACGUAUAAGACAAGCAAGGCAUACUGCCAAACAGCGAAAUGGUAUGACGCUUAAACUGAAGAAACACCAGAACAGCACAAUGUCUCCAAAGAACAGAGAUGUCGUUGCAAAGGAUGAAUAUCAUGAUAUCCACUGGUUUUAA